CGACUCCGUGUGGUAUGUACCGGUCUAUGGAUUUGCGCUCUCACGUCACGCACAUGUGCCAUCAUGUUCCAGUAUUUAGCCAUGAGGAGAUAACAACAGCAACCACGACAACCGAAAUAACAACACAGAAAACGCUCUCCGCAAGGUUCAGAUCGUUCACUAUCUGCCUUCGACAGCCUAGAUACAUCUAGGACGCUAAUAUACUGAUACUCUCCAUACCGUCAGCCAUGCCCUCCAAUGAAUCUCUUUCCCAGCCUGCGGGCGGCAACGGCACCAACGCCGUCCUCCGCCGCGUCAACCCGAACUAUACUGGCUACGACUAUGUAAGCUGGUACGUCGGCAACGCCCGCCAAACGGCGACAUACUUCGUCGCCCACUUCGGCUUCAGCAUCGUCGCCUACCGCGGUCCCGAGACGGGCUCCUAUCUCUCGUGCUCGUACGUCGUGGCCAACGGCGCCGCCCGAUUCGUCUUUACCGCCCCCAUCGUGGCCGCGGACAACGCCGCCGAACAGCGGGGCUCGGACGAGGAUCGCCGGCUGCUCGACGAGCUCCAGACGCACUUGAACAAACACGGGGACGGGGUCAAGGACAUCGCCUUCCAGGUCGACGACGUGACGGGCGUCUGGGAGCACGCCGUCCAGAAUGGAGGGGCCGUCUCGCUCCAGGAGCCCACGACCCUGACCGACGAGGUCGAUGGCGAGAUCCUCCGGGCCACGAUCAAGACAUUUGGCGACACGGCGCACACGCUCAUCAACCGCUCCGGCUACCGGGGCGUCUUUCUUCCCGGAUACGCAGCCGUGUCGGGCCUCGACCGCUUGAACGACCUGCUGCCGCCGGUCGAUGUCAUUGAGAUUGACCACUGCGUGGGCAACCAACCGUGGGACGGGUUGGACACCAUUGUCAAGUUCUAUGAGGACGCGUUGAACUUCCACCGCUACUGGACCGUCGACGACAAGGAAAUGUGUUCCGAGUUCUCGGCAAUGCGCUCUGUUGUCGUGGCCUCGCCGGACGAGGUGAUCAAGAUGCCGAUGAAUGAGCCGGCUGUUGGGCUCAAGAAAUCCCAGAUCGAAGAAUUCGUCGACUACUACAACGGCGCCGGCUGCCAGCACAUCGCCUUCCGCACAGCCAACAUCAUCGCCGCCGUCGAGAACCUCGGCCAGCGCGGCGUCAACUUCCUCACCGUGCCGGCCAACUACUACACGACCAUGAAGAAGCGGCUCGCCGCGAGCAGCCUCAGCAUCGCCGAGGACAUCGACACCCUGCAGAGGUACAACAUCCUCAUCGAUUUCGACGAGGGCGGCUACCUGCUGCAGAUCUUCACCAAGCAUGUGGUCGACCGCCCCACGGUGUUCAUCGAGAUCAUCCAGCGGGAGAAUUUCGAUGGGUUCGGGGCGGGCAAUUUUCGGAGUUUGUUCGAGGCGUUUGAGCGCGAUCAGGCUGCUAGAGGGAACUUGUAGCGUGCGGUCGGAUGGGGUGGGUUCAUGUGUUGGUUUAACUGGGGG